UUAUAAUAUCAUUAUUUAAAAUAUCAUUAUAAAAAAAAGUAAUGUAAAAAGUAAUAGUAAUAUAUUUUAUAAAUUGAAAGUUAUUUAAACGAAUAAAAAUAUGAGUACGCAAAAAGGAAAUUCCAAUCGAUCAAGACCACAAAAAUAUCAAAACCAAAUUGCUUUUAAAAAUGAUUUACAUGACAAAUCAAAUAAAACAAAAUGUAUUAAUAGUAUUCAAGUUACAAAUGUUUGUGAAAGAUGUAAAAAGAUAAUUGAGUGGAAAAUUAAAUAUAAAAAAUAUAAACCAUUAAAAACAGCUGCAAAGUGUAUCAAAUGUGAACAGAAAACAAUAAAACAUGCUUAUCAUAAUAUAUGUUUAACUUGUGCUGCACAAUAUAAUGUAUGUCCAAAAUGUGGUAAUGAAGAUAAUAUUGUUAAAGAAGAAUUUAAUAAAACAGAAAUUAUAAAAUUAGAUACACAAUUACAAAACUUAUUAAAAAGACUACCUGAACGAAAACGAAGAACAUUCAUGCGCUAUAUAAAUUCUAUAAAUAAAGAAGACAAAUCUAACAAUACAAUAAAAAAUGAAGAAGAAGAUAUAAAUAAAGAAAAAGAGAAAAAAAAUACAAAUAAUUGUAUAUCUAAAGAAGAUUUAUUAUUAAAAUUAAAAUCUUUGAUAAUUAAAGAAGAUAAUGAUGACUUUGACAUUAAUAAUAAAUUUGAUUCAGAUUCAGAAUGA